CUCUUGUUGUCAUGGUAACCAUUGGCAAUAGCAACAAACAUGGCGUCCCUGCUGCCCGAGUUACUGUUUGAGACCAGUGGUCAGGCCCCUGCUCCUUCUAAAGAUUUCUUUCAGCUCGAUGUAACAAAAACACAGGUAAUAUGGAGGUGGUGGAAGAUUUCUCUGCAUGUUAAGUUGCAAAGCACGUUGCCCGGAGAAAUGAAACAGAGUCAUAAGGAGUUUCUAAAUGAUGAGAGGCUACAGAAACAAGUUGGUAUGGUGCUUGGGUCACAGCUCCUGGAGUACACACUUGGCCUCUGUGAAGGGAGGUUUGAUUAUCUGGAGCGUUUGCCUGAUAAGCUGCUGCUGCGUUUUCUUUCCUAUAUGAGCUACCAGGAUAUCUACCACCUCAGACAGACCUCACGCCGUUUCAGGAAGCUGUGUGACUCUAAUGAAUUCUGGGAGCAGGAAGUGCGGCGUUGCGGUGAUGAUAUCACACCCGAAAUAGAGAUGCUGGCCAAGAAGUUUGGCUGGAGGAGGAUCUACAUCACUUUCUAUCAUAGUAAAGCCCAACUUGGGAGCGAGAAAGACAUACCCAUGGGCAUGGGUGAAGAUGAGGGCAAAGAUGAACCACAUGAAUCCCUUUAAACAUGGCUCCUAGAAGCAUUAUGUAAAUCUCUGUGAUAAUUGCUUGUAUUUUCUCAUUUGUAAGUCGCUUUGGAUAAAAGCGUCUGCUAAAUGAAUAAAUGUAAAUGUAAAUUUA